GCUGUGCCUGCUGCACGCGCUGGCGGAGCAGCUGCGGGCGGCGGCGGCGCGCUGCUGUGACCUGCUGGUUGUGGAGAUGGCGGCGCGCGUGGAGCGCAUCAUGGCGGAGGGAGGGGCAGGCGGAGGAGGGGCGGGAGGCAGCGUCAAGGCCGUCAGCACCAAGUCCGAUGCGUCCAAGUCAGGCCGCUCCGUGGCCGGCGCCGCCGCCGGCGAGACCGGCGCCGAGCGCGUGGUGUCUCAGCUGCUGCAGCCGCUGCGCGAGGUGGCGGCGCAGCUUCACCCCAGCUCCCAGGCCCAGCUCCUCACCAUCACCUUCUCAGCCGUGCUGACCGUGCUGCGAAAGCAGUACCUGGGUGCAGGCAGCGGCGGCGCAGCCGCCGGCGGCGGCGGCGGCGCCGGCGGCGCAGCCGCAGAGUCGCGGCCGCCUAGCUCUUCCUCCAAGCUGACAAGCAGCCUGAAGAAGAUUGUAAGCGGGCGCUUUGGCGGCGGCCCGGCAGGCAGCGUGUCGGGCGGUCUGGGGGGAGUGGGUGGGGCGGGGGCUGGUGGCGGCGGCGGCGGGGGUGUGGAGGAGCUGCUGCGGCGAGACCUGGAGGCGCUGCGGGGCGAGCUGGCGGCGGUGCGCGGGCAGGUGGAGGCGUCGCUGGUCAAGGCCGGGCAGGGCGCCGCCACGUCCGCCACGACCACAACCCCCAGCACCACCACCACCGCCACCAACACCACCACCGCCAGCACCCAGGACGCGGACGUGUCUGCAGCCGCCGCAGCCAUGGACGGCCGGCCGGGGCUGGCGGCGGUGCGGGCGGACUUUGCGGCGGCGGCGCUGGAGCUGGAGACCAAGAUGGCCGCACUGGCGGCGGAGGUGCGGCGGCGGCGCGCCGGCGGCCGCUAGCCGCUGGGGCGCGGCGAUUGGGGUGGCGGCGGCGGCCGCUGGGCUGGCGGGUGGCGUGGGGUAAGGUGGCGGCCGCGGGGGUAGGCUGGUGGCGGCGGGGUAGGUAGCCGACGUCCGUGGAGGGCGGAGUGGAGGGUUGGUGGGGGUUGCAGCGGCGCGCACGUACAUGGUGAUGGACACGGUACGCCCUGGCUAGAUGGCAGCUAGGUGGGGGCUGCGUGGCGGCUGGGCCGUGGGCAGGCCUCGCGUUCGUUUGAGGCGGCAGAGCGUACUGUAGGUGUGGAAGGGUUGGUUGGACUGUCGCGGCGGGGCUGGGCCGCGGGGCUUGGCAGGCCUUGGGCAGGAGCAGGUGGUGUCAUCUCGUGUAGGUUGGACCGCUUGGCAGUGCAGCUGAAUUCCUACCGUAGUACAGGCGAGAGCAGAGGGUGGUGAGAAGCAUAGUCCCGAGUGUGAUGGCUGGAAUCCUGGUCCACAAACUGGGUGCUUGGCAGGGCAGCACAUUUGCGGGAGGUGGGGGGCGUGCAAACAUGGCUGAUUGCUAUGACCAGGACCGUUUGGGCAGACGCGUGGGCAGAGCAGGUGGGCCAUGAGUAACAGGUAAACAGGACCUGUGUGCAAACCAUGAUUCAGCACGUAGUAGUCCGCAAGGCUUAUGCUUAGAUCGGUCGGCUUUCGCAGAAACGUAUCACGCUGAUUGUGAUGUGGAUGAGGCUGUGAGUGUGAGCGUGCGGCAGUAGGUUGGCCCACUGAGAGCAGGAAUGCAUGUCACAGCAGACGGUAAACGCCACGGGCAAUGGGGGAGCGCCGCCGACCCAUCACUGAUAUAAGCAGGUUGCGAUGGCUAGGCUGUCGGACGGCUGGCGGGCUGGCGCGGAGCGGAGCGCGGGGCGCGCGGCAUCCGAAACCAACCUGGAAA